UAAUGUAAGACAACAGUCGGGCAUCGAAGAGGUUCAAAAGACGAAGAAAAACAAACAUAUAUUUGUUUGAAUGGGCUCCUGAGAAUGGAACGAUAAGGAGGCGAUUUGCUUGUUUUUGUGGGGCUCCGCGGAUCGGCCGAUUAUGAGAACGGUAGCGCAGGUGCUCCCUGAAUUACCAUACAGCUGAGAGCAAACUUAUUCCGCCAGCACACAAUAGCGGUGCGCCCCGGGGAUGGCCACGCGAGUAACACACACACACAAGCUAACACACAAACGCACACGCGCGCGCUUCGGACUCUUUCACUGCACGCGUACACACACACGUACGCGCGCGCACACACACACAGCGGAAAAGGGAAAAGCAAGUGGAGAAUUUGGCCUCCAUACAAAUGAUGCGUAUUCUUUUGUGAGUUUGCCUGACGCACACACAGUGUUAGCCUGAGGAAUGUUUUUUACACACAAAUCAGGACUCCCUGAAGCAGGAAACGCAAAGGGAAGCAGGCAUUUGAAAACUGAGAUUGUCUUCCUGUAAUGUGCUGGAAUUUAACUUUAUAAACUUUUAAAUAUGUUUUUUAGACACACAAAAACACGCGUAACUCCCUGAGAGUGUAAAUGAAAACAAUAUAAGAUGAAACUUUUACGUCACGUAUUUUGCAUUGUGUCAUAUUCUAAUGCAAAUAAUAAUAAAUAAUCUGUCUAAAACGUCAAGUUGUAAAUUACCGUCACUUCUGCGCGCACACACAGCAGCGCUGAUGUGUUUGGUUGGUUGGUUGGUAGGGGCUGGUUGCAAGGGAGCCGCAUUGUAAAGCGUGGGACAGAUUGGGGGGUAGUGGUUCAUUAGCAUAUUAUUACCCCGGCAUGUGGCACCCCGUAUAAAACUGGCGGCAGGCGGCCUCGCUCCAGAUACAAACGCACAGUGUCCGCGGGAGAAGGACGUGAGGAGUGAUGUUGGACCAGUGACAAACCCUGGUUUAGGAUCAGACGAAGAAGGAACUAUAAGAGAGAGUACACUCCGAAUUUUGAGGAUUAUAUCAUUCCGACGGAAUUCAACAAGUCCGUUUAUUUUAAUUUGGGACUUUCGGUUUCUUUUGGACACACUUUUUUUCCGGGGAAGAACUGGGAAUUCUUUUGACAUGAAAGGGAACUGCGUUCACGCUCAGUGUCUUUUGAAAGCAAGCCUAUUCCAAUGAAUCAAUCAGCGAUUUAAUACGAGACUGAUCUGGGAGCAGCUCAAAGACUUAAAAAAAAAAAACCUAUUUAUUUAUUUAUUUAUUCAUCAUGGGACGCCACUUACUGUUGCUCUUCUCCAUCCUGUACAUGCUGCUCUGCCAGGCGUCUUCCUCAGGCGUCUUCGAGCUGAAGUUGCAGGAGUUUUUGAACAAGAAGGGCGUACAAGGCAACAAGAACUGCUGUAAAGGUGGGAUUACCACCCCAUACCAGCAGUGCGAGUGCAAGACUUUUUUCCGCAUCUGCUUAAAACAUUAUCAGCCCAAUGCAUCUCCAGAGCCACCCUGCACCUACGGAGGCACCGUCACCCCUGUGCUGGGGUCCAACUCUUUCCAAGUGCCAGAUACCUUACCGGAUGGUUCUUUCACCAAUCCCAUCAGGAUGAAUUUCGGUUUCACGUGGCCGGGAACCUUUUCUCUUAUCAUUGAAGCGGUGCAUGCUGAUUCCAAAGAGGAUCUGACAACAGAAAACCCAGAGCGCAUCAUCAGCACCAUGACCACCCAGAGGCACUUGACUGUGGGCGAGGACUGGUCCCAGGACCUGCACAGCGUGGGUCGAACCGAGCUCAAGUAUUCCUACCGCUUUGUGUGUGAUGAGCACUACUACGGCGAGGGAUGCUCCGUGUUCUGCCGGCCCAGGGACGACGCAUUCGGUCAUUUCACCUGCGGAGAACGUGGAGAAAUUAUCUGCGACGCAGGGUGGAAGGGCCAGUAUUGCACAGAACCAAUUUGCCUCCCGGGAUGUGAUGAGGAGCACGGCUUCUGCGAGAAACCCGGAGAGUGCAAGUGCAGAGUGGGCUUUAAAGGCCGCUACUGUGAUGAGUGCAUACGUUACCCAGGAUGCCUUCAUGGGACCUGCCAGCAACCAUGGCAAUGCAACUGCCAGGAAGGCUGGGGAGGCCUCUUCUGCAACCAAGAUCUGAACUACUGCACACAUCAUAAGCCCUGCCUGAAUGGAGCCACUUGUAGUAACACCGGCCAGGGCAGCUACACCUGUUCCUGUCGCCCAGGAUUCACUGGAGCCAGCUGUGAGAUUGAGGUCAACGAAUGCACUGGGAAUCCCUGCCGCAACGGAGGAAGCUGCACUGACAUGGAGAACACCUACAGCUGUGCCUGUCCGCCUGGUUUUUACGGCAACAACUGCGAGCUUAGCGCCAUGACGUGUGCGGAUGGGCCGUGCUUUAAUGGCGGACGCUGCGCCGACAACCCAGAUGGUGGCUACUUCUGCCAGUGUCCCACUGGAUACGCAGGGUUCAACUGCGAGAAGAAGAUCGACCAUUGCUCCUCCAGUCCAUGCUCAAACGGUGCACGCUGCGUCGACUUGGUGAACUCGUACCUGUGCCAGUGUCCAGAAGGGUUCACGGGUAUGAACUGCGAUCGCGCAGGGGACGAGUGCUCGCUGUACCCUUGCCAAAAUGGCGGGACAUGCCAGGAAGGUGCCAGUGGUUACAUCUGCACAUGCCCACCUGGUUACACCGGACGAAACUGCAGUUCACCUGUGAGCCGCUGCCAACACAACCCCUGCCAUAAUGGCGCCACCUGCCAUGAGAGGAACAACCGCUACGUAUGUGCUUGCGUCCCGGGAUAUGGAGGACGCAACUGCCAGUUCUUGCUUCCGGACAGAGCGUCCCAAAUAGGCAGCGACGUUCCCUGGACUGCUGUGGGGUCGGGAGUCUUGCUGGUGCUGUUGUUGGUAGUCGCAUGUGCCGUGGUGGUGGUUUGCGUUCGUUCGAAGGUUCAGCAGCGACGACGGGAUAGAGAAGAUGAGGUCGCCAACGGCGAAAAUGAAACGAUCAACAACCUUACAAACAACUGCCACCGUGACAAAGAUCUGGCCGUAAGUGUCGUUGGGGCACCUGUCAAGAACAUCAACAAGAAGAUCGAUUUUCACAGCGAUCACGACGACCUGAGCAUGACUACAGAGAAGAGGAGCUAUAAGACGCGACAUGCGCCUGCAGACUACAACCUGGUACAUGAAGUAAAAUAUGAGGUGAAGCAUGAGGUGAAACUGGAGCACGCUGGGAAGGAAAUGACGGCGAAGGAGUUGUCCGAUAGCUGCGAGGACGUAAAGUGCCAAUCUCUGCAGGACACUUCCGAGUUCGAGGAGAAGCGCAGGAAACGUCUGAAAAGCGAUGCAUCAGAAAAGUCAAAAUAUUCAGAAUCGAGGUAUUCUGAAUCAAAGUAUUCUGAAUCGAAGUACUCAGAAUCAAAGUACUCAGAAUCAAACUAUUCCGAUUCGCUGUAUUCCGAGUCAGCAUGUGCGUCGGCAUGUGCAUCGGCAUCCACGUCGGCUUGUGUCGACACCAAAUACAAAUCCGUCAUGGUGAUGUCGGAGGAAAAAGAUGAAUGUGUAAUUGCAACUGAGGUGUAAUGGGCCUGCAGGAAGCCGAUGCUCAUUGUGUCCUAUGGGAGACAUUUUGAACUCCCUAAGAAAAUGCUGCUGCUCGAAACCUUAGGUGGAAACGUCCCACCUCGUGACUACUGCUGCUGAGAAACUAAGACUGAUUAACUGAUAUUCAGGAUGAGCUGGUUCUCUGUACUGAAAGAGGCACAGGCAGUGGUGGCCUGUAGGCUUGGAAACUUGUGGAAAUGAUAAUGAUGGCAGGAGUGUCAUUGAAAUUUCAAAUGUAGUUGUAAAAUUUACCUGUAAAGCCAUUUUAAAGGUGUUGGACAAUAUGUGUCCAUUUUUAAAGUUUUUUUUAUUAACGUGGGUUCAUCACACACGAAAAUGGCAUUAGGAAAAAAACGGAAACAGAAAGAUACAAGAAAAGUAAAGUAUCGCAGUGUUUUGCCAUGUGAUGUCCAAUACAGCAUUGUGGCAAUGUUUUAACAAUAUUUUGGCAACAUUUGCUGGUUUUUCGCCAAUAAUUCCCACAGGCUUUUACUGUGCCCAGAGACUGCACCAAACAUUAAGGAUGUUAAGGAAGUAGUUUAAAAUAAAUGUGUCACAAAUCGUCUUGCCGUUGACUGUCUCAGCGACACCGUGGCAAAGUUGUGACAACAUUUUAGCAAUAUUUUGGCAACAUUUGCUGGCCCCACAAGUCAGUGUACAAGGGACUACAUCAAAACGGUGGAUGUUCAGCCAUACUGGCCUGUCUUGCACUGGGUUAAAAUGUCACAUGAUGUCAUAUCCUGUCACAUGACCAGUGGAAACUAUGUGUAUUACUUGAUCACUGUGUAAAUGGGAAAAAUAAGUGCUCAAAAAAACAAAACAAAAAAAAAAAUCUCAAAGUCUUCCAAGCCUCCGCUUUUUUGCAUUAUGGUUUAGAAAAUGUACGUAAUUUGUUUUUCGACGUAAGAAGAUAAGUUUGUGUUGAUGAUGAAUAAUAUCCUUGUUUGUAUGUUUUUUUGUUUUCUUUUUUAUAACAAGAGUUGUAUGAUUUAAGUUAAUUUAUUUUUAUUUAAGUUGUAUUUCUAAAUAUUUGUAAUGUUUUUAAGAUUAUUUAAGUUUGCGUUUUUCCUAAGUUGCUCCUGUUACUUGCAAAGGCACUUCGGGUUGCUGGGAUGUUUUGAGAAAAAGAUAUUUAAAGAAGGAUUGUAAAAAAUGUUAUUAAUGCUAUUGUUUUCAUUAACAGGUUUUUGUUUGAUUUCCUUUCUCUGAAUGAAGUUUUAGCUUAAAUUAUUUUUCCAAAUAAAGAUUAUGAACUAUUGAA